AUGCCUUGGACUCCAAAGUACACUGUUCCAGAAGGCCAGUUGCGCUUGAUUUGCAAGCUUCUCACAUCGCCCGGGUCAGAACUGGAGGUCGAGACGGUCUGCAUCAACGGACGCGUGGUUCGCACAUACAAGAAUUUGCCCGCGUCAUGUCAGGCGGUAUGGCUCGAUGCCGUGCGAAAGUACGGCAGUCGCGAGUACUCUGUCUUCGGGGGCCAGAGGUUCACCUUUGUGGACAUCCACAAUCGCAUUCUUCGCUCGGCAGCCAUCUUGAGAGAGGUCUACGGCAUAGAGAAAGGUGAUCAUGUCGGGCUGGUUAGCAAAAACCUCCCCGACCUUCUCGCUAUCUUCUGGGCGUGCCAUCUUCUUGGCGCUGUUUCGGCUCUGGUCAACUUUCGCUUAUUUCAACACGGUAUGGUGUACUGUCUGCUCAAAUGCGACUGUAAGCUCGUCGUGCUUGACGGGGAACGGGCCGACAUACUCGAGCCCGUUAUCGAAGACUACUCGAUGCGGGCGCUCUCUACGCGUGUUGUUGUUCUUCAAGGCGAGAACGCUGAGAGGCAACGCAACGGCAUGCAACUGUGGACGGAGAUAUAUGGAGGAUACACGGACGAUCCAUCUACGGUCCUCAGCAGGGUACCAACUAUCCAUCCGGAUGACGACUGCUUGAUCAUAUUCACAAGUGGAACAAGCGGUGGCAAGCCCAAGCCCGCUUUGUGCACACAACGUGCUCUUCUCACAAAUAUAUUUAAUACCAUAUACAGCAUUAGUGCAGUCGCUUUGCGCCGUGGUGCUGGUUCGGACCUGGAUCCCGGACAGCCUAUAUCAGUGCUGUGUCCAUUUCCCCUAGUGAUUAUCUUGUCUAUACACAGCAUGGUAGGCAAGAAUUUGUCAAGAGAUGCGAACAUCGCGAUGACCGUUGUAUCCCCGAAGCUCUUGGCGACCUUCCUAGGGAGCCGGGUUGUUUACCUUGACGAAUACAACCCUGAACAAGUCAACAUCCCUUACAGCCUGGCCAUGAAGGAGGGCAUACAGUCGAUAACCGGGUCACCCCAGUUGCUACGCGAGCUUGUCCAUGUGGCAAGUUCGAAGCUGGUCGGAAACAAUCUUCGGGCCCUCGCCUGCAGCGGCGGUCCAGUGCGCGAGAACUUUGCACGAGAUGCACAACAGGCCUUUCCCUGCGCCGAAAUCCGCUAUGCCUAUGGGAUGACCGAGGCGACGGGCUUAUGGUCCCUCAUAUCGGAAGGCGACUUCGCAGCUCGUCCCUUAAGCUGUGGGCUUCUGCCUCCUGUGAACGAGGUACUCAUCGUUUCCGACGAUGGGAAGGUCGUUCCGCAUGGUCAUAGUGGCGAGAUAUGGAUGCGCGGGCCUAGCAUAAUGAAGGCGUACUAUAACGAUCCUGAGGCAACGGCGAAGGUUAUGACGAAGGCAUGCGCUCACACGGCCGGCAGUCACUCAUAUCGUACUCACGUCGACUGCCAAUACAGGAUGGCUGGUUUCAAAGCGGAGACGUCGGAGUACUCUGUGCGGAAGGUUUUCUCACCCGAUCUAGAGAAAGACAUGAUCAUCCGUGACACUCUGAACAUCAGUAGCAUAAUGCUGGAGAAUGCGCUGCUCGAACAACCGGGCGUCCUCGAGGCUGCCGCCAUAGCCGUCCCAGAUGAGCGCGAAGAAUAUGUCGGCAAAACCACUGCGGACAGCCUGCUCGCGGCAGUCAAUAUAAAGCUGCCCGCUCAUGCGGUCCUAGCAAUGAUCAUCCUGCGCGAUGAGCGACUUCCGCGGUCCGGAUUUGACAAGGUGCUCAAAGCAAGCCUCAAGCCCCAGGCGGUAGCGGCGUGGAAGCGACGGCUCGCCCUUGAAUGCGAGUCCUGAACUUUGAGGGUGUAAUAGUACACGGUGGUACAACCCCGUCAUAUGAUAGUGACAAGCGUCGGACUUCGUAUUGCGGGGUUAUCUGCCCCCGAUUACUGGACUCCACGAUUGAUGAACGGCACAUACAGUAUAGCCUGAGAGAGAGCACGGUACGGGCUGUCCUGGAUGCCAUAACAUACGCAUAUAGGGUAAUCAUAGGGCUCAUAUGCAGGAAGUCUUCACUCGCCCAUAAAACCACCAACGCUUCUGACACCCUCCACAAUUCGCCUGUAAUCCCGUAACAGCUCAGCCACUUCGGCCAACCGUAAGUCAUCCGGUGCACAAGUCAAAAAUCUAGCGCGCGGCGGUGCCAGACGCAGCGUUGAGGGUGAAACAGGUCCUGGCGAUGUAGGACGAAGAGACGAUGGCGAGCCCGCCC